CGGCCAUCAGUUCUUGUGUCCCGGUCAAGCGUGUGUUCCAAGGAGGCUUCUCGCGUCCCGAAUUAAGACGGAAAAUGGCCAAUUUGUGCAUACGGAGCUUCUCGCUCGGAGCUUUGCGCAACGUUGCGAGGGCAUCCCCGCGGCGGUUAUGUACAGCCACCCAGCAGAAGAACGGCCACAGUUCAGAGGAGGCGCCCACCGAAAAGGCCGAACAGAGCGCGACGGAGAAGGUCCUGGCCGAAAAGACGCAGCUGGAGGAGCAGCUCAAGGAGAUGACCGACAAGUACAAGCGGGCCUUGGCAGACACUGAGAACCUGCGGACGAGGAGUCAGAGGAUGGUUCAGGAUGCGAAAUUAUAUGGUAUCCAGGGCUUCUGCGAGGACCUGCUGGAGGUGGCCGACAUUUUGGAGAAGGCGAAGGAAAGCGUGCCCAAGGAGGAAGUGACGAGCCGGAACCCUCACCUGAAGAACCUCUACGACGGCCUGGUGAUGACCGAGGUCCAGAUCCAGAAGGUGUUCACCAAGCACAACCUGGUCAAGGUCAACCCUUACGGCCACAAGUUCGACCCGUACGAGCACGAGGCGCUCUUCCACGCCCCCGCUGAGGGGAAAGAGCCUGGCACGGUCACCGCGGUGACCAAAGUGGGCUACAAGCUUCAUGGGCGCACCCUCAGGCCGGCGUUGGUCGGCGUGGCCAAAGCCUCCUAAGGAAGCAGAGGACCACGCGAGACCUUUUUUGGAUUCCCGGCUCUCCGUCACCAGACUGAAUAUCACGAUAAACUGACGGGGCUUCGGCUUCAGUCCCGUCCGGGAGUUUCGGAAGGACUCGACAGGACCAGUUAGAGUGCGGCUUUCACCUAAAAUGUGACCCCCACAUCAUUUUAUAUCCAAAACCAGCCAUUUAAGUGAUGUAUGAAUAAAAUAAUAAUAAAAAUGAGAAGACAUGACAAAUGUAA